UGCAGCAACAAGGGAUCUUGGAAGCAACACCAAUGGGGCUCCAUCCAGGGCUUCUUCUGCCUCAGCAGCAUCAAAGCAUUUCGAUCAAUAAAGUCACUGCAUCUAACAGUCACUAAAUAGGACUUUCUCAGAGGAUGACUCCAUGUCCCCUGCAACUUUAAUUGCCACAACGAACCUGUUGCAAACUUCUGCUGCUCCUAACUCUACAGCCAGCACUGAGGACAGCCUCACUCGAAAAUGGGCUGUCGGGGCAAUUUUAGCCCUUAUUAUUGUUGUUGUGGUGGUGGGAAACCUCCUAGUAAUAGUGGCCAUUGCCCGCACCCCUCGCCUGCAGACCUUCACCAACAUAUUUAUCACUUCACUGGCCUGCGCAGACUUAAUCAUGGGUGUGCUUGUUGUGCCGCUAGGAGCCACUAUUGUGGUGAGUGGCAAGUGGCUUUAUGGUACCGUUUUCUGCGAACUGUGGACCUCUGUGGAUGUUAUGUGUGUGACGGCUAGCAUAGAGACGCUUUGCGUAAUUGCUGUGGACAGGUAUAUUGCGGUGACCUCCCCACUCAGGUACAAGAUGGUGUUUAACAAACGGAGAGCUGGAGUGAUCGUAUGCUUCGUGUGGGGGAUCUCGGCAUUGACCUCCUUCCUGCCGAUCAUGAAUCGCUGGUGGAGGGACAAUCAUAACGCCAGAGCAAAAGAAUGCUACGAUGACCCCGAGUGCUGCCACUUUAUCACCAAUAUGUACUUUGCGAUUAUCUCUUCCAUAAUUUCAUUCUACGUACCACUGAUAAUUAUGAUAUUUGUAUACGCCCGAGUAUUCAUAGUUGCCAACCGUCAGGUCAAGUUGAUUUGCAAGGAAAAAGUAAGAUUCAAUGAACCACAACCUGCCAUCCUCAAGAAUAAGAAGAAUUCCAAGAGGAGGCCUUCCAAGUUACUGGCCAUCAAGGAGCACAAAGCACUUAAGACUUUGGGCAUUAUCAUGGGGACAUUCACUCUUUGCUGGCUGCCCUUCUUUGUAGCCAACAUUAUCCAAGUGAUCUCCAUGGAUAUUAUCUCUCAGGAUGUUUUCUUGUUCCUUAAUUGGCUGGGUUAUAUAAACUCUGGGUUUAAUCCAAUUAUUUACUGUCGGAGUCCAGAUUUUAGAAAAGCAUAUAAAGAACUACUUUGCUGUUGUCCACGUAAAGUUGAUCGCAAGCUGAAUGUUGUCCCCAAGGGACCUGGGAGCUGUUCGUGUGUAUUCAGUGCUUCCAAUGAAGCUGAUGGAUCCAAGUUGGCUUCAGAGACACUAGAGACGGCGGACAGUCUUUGCAGCAGCCGGUCCAGUAGCAGGAGUUCAAAAACUAACUUCUAUCCACACAGCAACGGAAACUCCCACCAGGGCACAGUGUCUCAAGUCUAGGAAUACAAAUGGUUUGGUUUUGCCGUUAAGUUGCAAAACUACAACUAUGUGCAUAUAUUAUGCUUCCAAACAAACUGUUCAUGCUGGGAUCUUUAGUACUGCAGAUUUUGCAGGUACGUGAAUUGUAUUCUCCGUCUAAAUGUGUUUCACACACACAGGUCGGAUCUGUCUAAAAAGAAGCCCUACUUACAAUUAUUUGGUUACCGACGGACGUCUCCUCUCCUGCAGCACUUUGUCUCUUGCAAGUUCAACAAAGGCGUUGUUCUUUGAUCCCAUCUUAGCAUUUAAAUAUUUGAAUGUUAUUGACAAUGGUGAGGUAAUGAAAGCUUUUAUCUGGAUGAGGAACUGAUGGUGACUGUUGGUCAGACGCUGAAGACCCUUGGUAAAUUGUUUCUAUGUAUAUACACCUGGUUAUUUACAUUAUGAAGUGUGUAGGAGGUGUGUCAGAUCAAACUGUGGACAUCAGAAGUUUAAACUAGCAGAUUACAGCGAGUGGCAUGGACAGUAAAGGUAAAUCAUAAAAGAACAAAUAUUUUCUGGACCUUAAAACAGUAACAUACACCAUACCGCUAGCUACCAUGUACUGUGUCAGUAGAUCACGGUUCGAAGUAUGCAUACGACGAACUUAAGCCUCUGAAGCCCAGCGGCACGAACUAAUUUUUUCAGGUUACGUGUUGACCCAGUAGCAUCAGUAGACACAAACUGCUUCUUGUUCUGUGCAACCCAGGGUUGUUAUCUGAUUAAAAGAGUUAGAGGCGCACAGGAAACAGCUGGCAACUGAGAGCAAAACUCAGGGGUACUGGGUGAACGAUGAUUAGUAGCUCAUUCUGCUCAUCUGCUCCAAAGUAUAGCUUUCUGCUUGAAAUAAAUUAAAACAUUCCAUUCUGGACAAUUAAUAUUUACAUGUUAACACAAUGCAUUAUUGAUAAAAUAUGAGUCUAUAUCCAUACAAAAAUGUUUUGCAUUUGGACCAUGCUAUAGUGGCCUGUCUAGGAAGAUAUUUUUCAUUUAUGAAUUGCACUGUAUUUCAAACCAGCACCCAGAAGAACACUGUUUUACUGGGCAGUGAAACCCACUAUUGCCGUAAGUGCACCGUAGGUCUCUUAAAAUGACCACCAAAAAGUUAAAUUAAUUUGUGAAGUCAGUAAACUGCAGGACAAAACAUUCCUCUCGAUCAUAACACACUGAAUGCAUUGCCUCAACGGAGGUCCGUCUGAAAGUCACAUGGCAACAGCUAUAUGCUGAUUAUUAUUUGUUCUGCCCUCAAAAAAGGAAAGUUUCCCCAGUUCCCUCAAAGUAAUGUAAUAUAGAACUACAUAAGGAAUGUUGGAAACUAAGAUUGCCGCUUACCUUGCAGUUGUAAUGAAGUAAUAAUCCUGGACAGCAGCAAUGGCUGAGCGCGAGACUGCAGUCAAGUGACAUGUGUCAGCCAAUAACACUGUAAAACAGCCAUCUAUUUAAAGGACCGCGGCUCGAGUUGAUAAUAUUCUAUUACCAACUCUUACAGCGAGCACGCAAAAAAUAUAUAUCCGUGCAAAGCUGCUCCCGUGUCUGCACUUCAGUGGACCAAUAAAGUUCCACUAUACUGGACUAUUUUGACUUAAAAAAAAUACAAAUGCGCAUCAGUUUCUUAAGCAAUGUAUACUUUAAGAUUUCAGUAAAUAGUAUAAGGAGACACAGUUCCCAAAGAAGGUUAAUUUUUUCCUGAAGAAGAGAAAAAAAAAACUGAAAAAUGCCGCAUGAUUUGAGAACCAUAUGCUGCUCAGCUGUUUGCCUCAAACUGAUUUUAAAGAGCAAGUGCCUGCCCAUUAAAAUAUAAAGCUAAGCCCUUGCUAUUUAGUUAUUUAAUUUCUAGCUCUUUAAAAGUUUUAUCCACUAGCUUGUUUUAUUGGUACUUGGUUACUUAGGAUUCAUAACAUCAUUUAAUUGGAAUUUAACAACCAGCUGUCAACUAGCAUCCUGUCCUAAGAUUGACCACUUUCAUUUUAUUUAAGGAAAGUAUACAUUCUCAGUAAAAUCUUUUUCAAAUACCUAUCUGGUACUCUUAUCAGAAAUGUUUAGUUAUCUAUAAGCUUUGCAAGUACACAUGAAUGUUUUAAAAUGCACAUCUUGAAUUAUAUUUUGUGUUUAUGUUAACUAAUGCAUGCUUCAUGUCGUAUUUCAUGCAGGCAUAAAUCUGUGACAUUUCCUUACAGCUGUAUCGGAAUGACAAGGUAUUUUGCUUUCCCAUAGACAAUUAAUUCAAUUUGUAUGAACAUUGCACUAUACCUAGCUGGGGCUAACAGGUAGCACACUCCUUUUACAAGAAUGCCACAACCAACAGGACUUUGUGCCCACAGUAGCUCACUUUUGCACUAUAUAAGUGCAAAUACAUUGCUUUAUUAACUAGUCAUUGCAUUGAAAACACAAAGCGCAUAAUUAUUCAGAGCAAUCAGAAAUGUGCAACUAGCAUUUUAUGAAAAUGAUAGGCAAGAUAGACAUACUUUUACAAAAACAAAAAGCUGAGCUCACAAACAUUUUCAAUGUCCUGUAUCUUUCAUAGGUUCAUAGGUUGGUACUAGGCUAUCAGCCCUAGGGCCUAUACAAUCCUAGCCAUAACAAUUCCCUGGCUAUUUCUUCCCACACUAU